AUGGAUGUGCUCGGCCCUGGACCGGGCAACAACACCACCUUGUCCGAGGGUCCCUUCGGGACAGGCGGCAACGCUACUGUCCUCUCCGACGUGACCUUCAGCUACCAAGUGAUCACCUCUCUGCUGCUGGGCACUCUCAUUUUCUGCGCGGUGGUGGGCAAUGCGUGCGUGGUGGCCGCCAUCGCCCUGGAGCGCUCCCUGCAGAAUGUGGCCAACUAUCUCAUCGGCUCUCUGGCUGUCACCGAUCUCAUGGUGUCGGUGCUGGUGCUGCCCAUGGCUGCACUGUACCAGGUGCUCAACAAAUGGACCCUGGGACAGGUCACCUGUGACCUAUUCAUUGCCCUGGACGUGCUGUGCUGCACCUCGUCCAUCCUGCACCUGUGCGCCAUUGCGCUGGACAGGUACUGGGCCAUUACGGACCCCAUCGACUACGUGAACAAGAGGACGCCCCGGCGCGCCGCUGCGCUCAUCUCGCUCACUUGGCUCAUUGGCUUCCUUAUCUCCAUCCCGCCCAUGCUGGGCUGGCGCACCCCCGAAGACCGCUCGGACCCCGACGCGUGCACGAUUAGCAAGGAUCAUGGCUACACUAUCUAUUCCACCUUUGGGGCUUUCUACAUCCCUUUGCUGCUAAUGUUGGUUCUGUACGGCCGCAUCUUCCGAGCUGCGCGCUUCCGCAUCCGCAAAACAGUCAAGAAGGUGGAGAAGAAGGGAGCGGACCCCCGCUUUGGUGUGUCGCCAGCCCCGCAGCCCAAGAAAAGCAUAAACGGCGAGACUGGGAGCAGGGAAUGGAGGCGGGGCGUGGAGAACAAGGCAGCGGGGGCUCUGUGCACCAAUGGCGCGGUGAGGCAGGGUGACGAUGGCGCCGCCCUGGAGGUGAUUGAAGUGCACCGGGUGGGCAACUCCAAAGAGCACCUGCCUCUGCCCAACGAGACCGGGAGUAUCCCUUGCGCCCCCGCCUCCUUCUCGAAGAAGAAUGAGCGCAACGCCGAGGCCAAGCGCAAGAUGGCCCUGGCCCGAGAGAGGAAAACGGUGAAGACGCUGGGCAUCAUUAUGGGCACAUUCAUCCUCUGCUGGCUGCCCUUCUUCAUCGUUGCCCUGGUCCUGCCCUUCUGCGAGAGCAGCUGCCACAUGCCCACCCUGUUGGGCGCCAUAAUCAACUGGCUGGGCUACUCCAACUCCCUGCUCAACCCUGUCAUUUACGCCUACUUCAACAAAGACUUCCAAAACGCGUUUAAGAAGAUCAUCAAGUGCAAGUUCUGCCGCCGAAGAUGAUGGGCGAGUAGUUGGCGAGUGGGGCUCGCCCCAUCCUCUCUGCCCUCUGGAAUCAACACCUCUGAUAGUCUGCUACAGUUUCUUGACUUUCUCAGCUGCUGGGUCCGCCGCUUCCACACUUCAUCCCUCCUCCCCCGCCCCCUAAUGCCCUGCUGGGAGGGAGUGCGCUUUGGGCAGAGCCCUUAAAGGUGAGGCCGGAGGGCCUGGGAAACUACCUGGAUCUGUGAGAAGCGACCCUGGCUCACACUAUGGCCUCAGAAUCAGUUUUGAUCCUUGCAGUCGCCUCCUCCCUCUUCUGCACCCCGCACCUUCGCGGCGGAAGUUUAAGCCUCAGCCAUUUAAGGCAAAAAAAAAAAAAAAAAAAUCAUCUACACAGAAAAAUAAACUGUACACUCAGCCGCCGCGCCCACUAACAGCUCCCACCUAAUCACCCCACUGCUAGAACUUGAAUUGAAGGUUCAGAAGUUUGCUUCAUCUAGUCCCAACCCUGCC